GCAUUGGAGAGCGCAGCGCGCAGCCCGGUGCAGCCCUGGCCUUCCCCUCGCCGCGCGCCCGCGCCCCCUUCCGCGUCCGCAACCAGAAGCCCAGCGCGGCGCCCGGAGCCGGACCCGCGCCCGCGCCGCUACCAGGACCGCGACCCCGGCCGCCCCGCGAUGACCGCGACCGCAGCCCUCCUGCCCGUCCUCUCGCUCCUGCUGGCCUUCGGCCACAGUGCCCAUGGAGCUGAAUGCUUUCCGGCCUGCCAUCCCCAAAAUGGAUUCUGCGAGGAUGACAAUGUUUGCAGGUGCCAGCCUGGCUGGCAGGGUCCCCUCUGUGACCAAUGCAUGACCUUUCCUGGCUGUGUUAACGGACUCUGCGUGGAACCCUGGCAGUGCAUUUGCGACGAUGGCUGGGACGGGAACCUCUGCGACAUAGACAUCCGGGCUUGUACCUCGACCCCCUGUGCUAACAACGGAACUUGCGUGAACCUUGAUAACGGCCAGUAUGAGUGUUCCUGCGCCCCUGGGUUCUCCGGAAAGGACUGUCAGAAAAAGGAUGGGCCCUGCGUGAUCAAUGGUUCCCCCUGCCAGCACGGAGGCACCUGUGUGGACGACGAGGGCUGGGCCUCCCAUGCCUCCUGCCUGUGUCCCCCUGGCUUCUCGGGCAAUUUCUGCGAGAUCGUGGCCAACAGCUGCACCCCCAACCCUUGCGAGAACCAAGGCAUCUGUACCGACAUCGGGGGCGACUUCCGUUGCCGCUGCCCCACCGGCUUUGUGGACAAGACCUGCAGCCGCCCGGUAACCACCUGCGCCGCUGACCCGUGCCUGAAUGGGGGCACCUGCCUGCAGCACAGCCAGGCCAUCUGCUUCACCAUCCUGGGCGUGCUGACCAGUCUGGUGGUGCUGGGCACCAUGGGCAUCGUCUUCCUCAACAAGUGCGAGACCUGGGUGUCCAACCUGCGCUACAACCACAUGCUGCGUAAGAAGAAGAAUCUGCUGCUGCAAUACAACAGCGGGGAGGACCUGGCCGUGAACAUCAUCUUCCCCGAGAAGAUCGACAUGGCCACCUUCAGCAAGGAGGCUGGCGACGAGGAGAUCUAAGCGGCGUUCCCACCGCCCCCCUGUAUUCUCGGGGUCCCGCAGAGCUCUCUAUAUGCGGUCUGUUCUCAUCUUUGUGGUGGAAUUUGCUAUCCUUUGUGUCAAAUCUGGUGAACGCUAUGCUUCCCUCUAUUAUCUGUGUGUGGCCGUGUGACCCACACGAUGCUAAAGCAAGCCUCUUUCUCUCUCUUAAUGCAUGAUAAAAAAAAUAAUAAUAAGAAUUUCAUCUUUAAACGUGUAAAAGAAAUAAGUAUGUUAUUCUAAUCUCUAAACUUUACGUAAAAUCAAAAAAGACCAAAAAAAAACAUGGCAACUGUACCAGGACUCGGGGCCGAUGUCCCUCUCUGAGGGGUCUCGGCCACAGGGUCCUUGUGAAACCAUGACGCGUGUUGUGCAUGACCGACCACUGUGAAAAGGGCUAAAAUCUCUUUCGUUCGUUAAUUGUCACACGACACAUUCAACUCGCACUCACUUCAAGUUCAACAUCGCAGUCCUUAGAUCUUUGUGAUUGAUUUGAGAUUUUGCAGAGUGCAGCAGCCGUGUGUUAGGCAGAGAGCGCCCCGGGUUGGCUGCUGGGGGGCCAGGACCUCGUCCCAGCCCUGCCACUAACUCGCUGUGCCAUCCUUGGCGAGUCCCCUCCCCCACCCCGGGCCUGCCUUUUCACCUCUCUCCAGAGAGGGGCUUGAACACAGUGACCACCAAGGUCCUCUCUUGUCUAAAAUUCUGAAUUAGGAACGAGGGGGUAUGAACCUCAACAGUUCCAGACCCUAACGAUUACAAUCCGAUGAAGACUCGGUCUCAUCCUGGGGUCCAAAGGUUUUGGCUUAUCCUGGAUGAACACUUGACAUUCUGAAAUUGACCCUAACUGCAGUUUUCAAAGUGGGGAGCCUCCUGGCCCACUUUCCAUUUGGGAAUAAUUGGCCACUUUGAGUCCCUGGACUUGCCAUUUAAGCGGCCCUCUUCCCACCCACCCCAUACCACACCUGCUUCCCAUCCUAUAGAUUAGAGAUGUCCCUUGAAAUUUAAAUGCACCUUGAACCACAAGUGCCCCUGGCGAAAUCUGAGCAGCAACACAGCCCUCACCAAGGUUUUCCCUGCGGUUCAGUGGAAAUUGUCACUUGUGGGGCGUUUGCUAGUUUCGUGGCCAAAGUGGUACCAGACCUGGCCUACACAGCCCUGGAUUCAGUUUGUGUUGCUGAGUUAAUAACUCUCAGAUCCCAAAAGACCUAGCCAGCUUUUGAAUGAUGAAUUUGACUUUUUUUAAAAAAGAGCAUCUAUAUUUUUUGCAAAAAUAGAAGGAAAUGGGACAGAGGUCUGUUUAGCUUUCCAGCUCUUGGAGGUAGGCAGCUAAACAGCCCUUGGGUACCAGAUAGGACUAUUUUGCUUCUUAAGUAUUUUGGAUAGGAAUCAAUACUCUUAGCUUUACUGAGUAUUAUCUGCCGUGUUUACCUUGUUCCAAGUGCUUUCUAAGUCGUCAUCACCUUCAUCAUCUCGGUCAUUCAAAUCACUUCCCACACAUGACAUGAGUCACCAUCGUCACACAACCAUCGAGUUGAUCACACUCAGUCGCUGGUCCACCACGUCAAGGCCCUCGUCAUCUAAUUCAAAGCCUGAUUACCAUCUCCCCCAAACUCCUGAUGUCCCCACCCAAGCCACUGUCCCCAUCACUCCCAGUUCUUUACCAUCCUAGCCCCAAGCUCCUCUCUACCUUCGUCACACCAACCCUGACAGAUAACGUCACCCUAAAGUCCCAUCACCACCACCCCUGCCAAGCCCCUCCCACCCCGCCUCCAAACCCCUCCCCGUUUUACCCCUGCCUUUUCCCACUCUCCUCAACAGUUGCUUCAGACCCCGAACCCUGUCACCCUCAUUACCACCAUCGUCACCAC